AGAAAAAUAUGCAUUUUUCAAGGUUAUCCUGUAAUAACAAAGAAAUCAAACCAUAACUUUGCCUUAAUGUUUGUCUCUCUAUAUAGCUUAUAACACACAAGGAGAAAGAUUAAGAAAUAGAGCAAUAACUAGAGUAGCCAACUUAUUUACUGCCAUAGGUAGUUAGAAAGAAUAUAUAUUUUAAAAGCUACUUAGUAAAGAAACAAACUAAAUUAUAAGCUCACAAUAUUUUCUGCAUUAUGAUAUUAACAGUUUACGCAAAAGUCUUUGCCUUAUUUCCUGAAUUUUGGGAUGUAUUAAGGAAAUUGAAUGAAAAAUGCAGGAAUUUUAUUUAAAAUUUAAUGUUAAUAUUCAUCAAUUUUAACUUAAAAUGAGUUUGAGAACCAUUUUUCUAGUGUCAUUGUGGAAGACACUAGAUGUAGAAGUAGAAGCAGAAGUAGAAGUAGAAGACAAGGUAAGAUACUGUUACUUAGCGAAAGAUUAGAAGGAGCCUGGGAUGGGGGGAAGGGUCCCUGAGCCAAGCAGCGUUGGCCUCAUGCUGCCUCCGGAACAAGCAUCCCCCAUGGCUGGAAGUUACAGAGUGAUGGGUGAUGACGUCUAUACAGUUCAUGAAGCCUAGAACGAAGCCAUGAAUGUUUACUUGAUAGUGAUCCUUGUUAGCGUUGCCCUUUUCAUGCAUGCCAAGAGGAAUAAAAGGACAAUUUUGAGAAUAUUCAGUAUGCCACCUACCACAGAAAUUUUGUCAGAGCCCAACUUUUAUAACACAAUAAGCAAAAUUCAUUUGAGACAGCAACUGGAAAUGUAUUCCAUUUCAAGGAAACAUGGCUAUCAGCAACCACAAAACCAACUUGACAGUGUGCAGCUCUCAUUGGAAUGCAACUCAGAAAAUGAGUAACGUAAGUAAUUACUGCUAAACAGUACUGUAGAAAGCUCCUAGUUCUUUCUGUAAAAUCAUGAACAUUUUUAAAACUCUGCAUAAAAUCAUUUUACUUGUGACUCUUCCCCAGUAUUUUUGUGUGUUUUGUUUUGUUUUUAAUUGUAUCUCCAAGUCAUUUGUUACACAAAUAAAAAUGGCUCAAAGGGCCUGAACAGAGCCUGCAUAUAAUGCAACUAGAGAUGAAUGACUGCACCUUGUGAAGAACUUUUCUUCAGGACACAAUCAGUCAGGGAUAAAAACACAUCUGUGGAAGUGGCAAUCCUGGCACUUAUCCUACCAUAAUUUGAACGUUCUUGCAAAAUUAAAAAAAUAAGAAUCCAGCCAUUGGAAUAACUUCUUCUUAGAUUGUAUUCUAUGAUAACUAUAAUAUCAGUAAUAGACCAAUUUAUGUUCUUAUUGCUAUUGUUACACUCUUUAACUGAUUGAAC